AUGGCUAUCAAAUCCCUCAUCACACGAUUUGGCAAAGGUGCCGCCACCAAGCAGAUGUACAUCUACGAGACAUGGCUACGUUGGGUCGUCCGCGGAAUCCAGUUCGUACUCGCCGUCGUUGUCUGUGGUCUAUAUGGACGUCGCGUCGACCAUGAUCAUAGGCACGGGAACGGUCAGUCAGCCGCGUGGAUUUACGCGCUAUUCGUCGCCGGGUUUUCAUGCAUCACCUGUCUUUUAUACUCUAUCCCCAACCCGUUCGGCCGCCUGCAGUCCCACCGCCUCUUUGCCUGGGACCUUAUCCUCUUCGUCCUUUGGGUUGCCCUCUUCGGCACCUUUGCCGCCAUCUUCCUCAAACGUGAGGAAGAUGAGUACGAGGGCACCAGCGUCGCACUAAUGAAGUGCGCUGUCUGGAUUGAUCUCGUGAAUUGCGUUUUCUGGCUCUGCACCGGCCUUUACGGCUGCUUCCGUACUUUUGUCGGCAGGAAGGUGAAUGGGAAGAUCGAUGAGUAUUCUAACAAGGUUGAGGAUGGAAUCAACGCCAAGGUGGACCAAUACGCGGGUUCCGCAAAGAACAACUUCAGUAUGAAACUUAAUCCUUUGCGCAACGAGACAGUAUGA